AUGAGCCGCGGUGACGGGGGCACUACGUGCGUCGGGGCGAUUCCUGCAGUCGGGGAGGAUCUGCCCUGGGCGGGCCUGAUCGACGACCUGUUCGAGUCGCUGCUGGACCAGCUGGACUGCCGCCAAGUGGCGCCCCUGCGGGGCGUCUGCUCCGGCUGGAGGGACAAGGCGCGCCGGCUGCUGAGCAAGUUCGAGGCGCGUGUGUGCCACCUGCAGCCGCGGGGCCCCCCGCUGCCCAGCGUGGUCCGCCUGUUCCCCGAACUGGACAGAAUCAAGGUGACGUUCUGCGGCGUGGGGCGGCGGCUGGGCUCGAUCGCCUGCCUCACGGAGCUGCACCGCCUGAGGAGCCUGGAGCUCAGCAACAGCGCCGGCCGCAUGUGCGAGCUGCCCCGCGUGGACCUGGCCGUCCUGUCGGCCUGCCGGGUUUUGGCGCGGCUGACGCUGGUGCAGUGCCGCUGCACCGCGGGCAUGGGGCUGGAGGGGCUGGCCAGGCUGCAGGAGCUAACACUCAGCCGGUGCUCGAUCGACGCGUGGGAGCCCGGCCUAGGGAGCGUGCUGGGGCGCCUGGGGCGGCUGCGGUACCUGAGGAUAGAGGGGUACAUGCACCAGGCGAGGGUGGACAUGACGGGCGUAUCCGGGCUGCAGGGCCUGGUGUCCCUGGCGCUGCACGUGCCGCUCAGGGCGCCCGCGGAGACCUUCGAGGAGAUUGCACGGAUUGGGGGGAUGUCUUCGCUGGAUGUGGCCCUGACGGACUGUGAGGAUUUGGCGUCGGUGGUCACUGUUGGACUCGAGUGCGUGACGGCGAUGACCGGCUUGCGGGAGCUGAGGAUAACGGCCCAGCUCGCUGAUGACCCACACAGGGGCAUUGACAGACUAUCAAGUCUGGAGAAUCUGAGAAUUCUGCACAUAUCCAACCCUUCGCCACUGGGGGAGGACCUGCUUGAGUUUCCCAACACACCCCACCGCCCCAUCACAGAUGCUGAUGUGGAGCAUCUGCUCCUGCUCAAGCACCUGACAUCCCUGGGUCUGAGUCAGUCGUUGGCAACGGCUGGUGCGCUGUCCCAUGUGGUGCACCAGCUGCCUUGCCUGCAGAACGUCGAUCUGUCGAGCUGCCAACAUGCCAAUGACACGGUGUUGUUUGCGGCUGCCACGCUGCGGUCCUUGACGACCCUCAACCUGUCUCAUUGCAUUCAGGUCACAGACCUGGGGCUGGGGGCCCUCGCCAGGUCUGGGGUGCCACUCAGGAUUCUGGACUUGACUGGGUGCUACGCCUUGGUCACUGACACCGGCUUGGGAGGGCUCUCCAGGCUCAGCACUUUGCAGUGGCUGUCCCUGGCUUUCUGUGAACGAAUCAGCGAUUUUGGUCUGAGGAUGCUGGUGUCUGGCACUCCCAUGCUUAGUUUCCUGUCCCUCCAUUCCUGCCUUAACAUAACAGACCAUGGCAUUUCGGCACUCUGUGCGAGCUUGGUGCAUCUGAGAGAGCUUGACAUUGCGUAUUGCUACAUGGUGAGCGACAGCAGUGUCGAGGGCUUGAACAAGCUGAAUAGCCUCAAGCAUGUGAAUAUAAUUGCGACCAGAUUGGCAGCUGGUGAAUGGCACAACCUCAAUUCAAAUGUCGCCGUCGUCUUGAACCACACAGGAUGGUGGAUGGAUGAGUGA